AGAACCGGCUGAAUAUUGUACGUACGUGUGACGGUCUUCGUUAGAUGAAGUUCAUGUUGACGCUGUCUUGUCUCUCCUGAAGUUGUAUACUUACCAGGGCCUUCUUCCGUCUGCAUCUCAUCUCACUUUCCGACUUGUGUUUGUCCUCUCUUCGAGACUCCCAUCUCCACUCCACCUUCUAGACAAGAAUCGUAAGAUUGUCACCAAGUCUCGAGCUCAACCUUCCUACACCAUCUUGCAUCAUGGCCAUUCAAAAGCAUGUGGUUUUCGACGUCGUCGGCACAUGCGUAUCAUUUGAUGCGUUCUACAACUGCAUCAACCGCGUCAUCGGCGAGAAACUCCUCACAAAGAACAUCACCGCCACCUCGUUCGGCUUUACUUGGAUGACGGCUGCCGAGCUGGAAUUCACCUUCCUCUCCAUUUCCGAGCGCCACCGCCCAUACAAAGACGUCCUUACCGCCUUGUUCUUCCGCACGCUGUUCAUGGUUGGCGUUGCGGCGCCGCGGGAAUUUGUGACAGACGCGGAACGCGACGCCUGUGUGCAGGGAUACUCGGAGCUCGAGCUGCGGCCGGGAACCAAGGAGUGCUUCGCGACGUUGAGAGACGCCGGAUUCACCGUCUGGUGCUUGACGACCGGCGACACCAAGCGUGUCGGCGGAUACUUUGAGCGCGCCGGCGUGGACAUGCCGCUGGAGAACCUCAUCAGCUGCGAUGGGCAGGGCGUGGCCAAGCCAGCACUGGCAGCUUACAAGCCCACGCUUGCUCGGUUCGCUCCUGAUGAUGUCAAGUGGUUUGCAGCUGCGCACAUGUGGGAUGUGUCCGCUGCAGUAAAGGUUGGGUUCCGGGGUGCCUAUUGCACCGUCUACGAACAGGAUCCUUGCGCCGAGAUAUUCGACACGCAGAUGGAGGUUAUGGCCGACACGCUGCCGCAAAUGGCAAAGGGGAUUGUAGAAGCGUCGCUCUAGAUAUUUUCAUGUUGCAUUAAUCAAUACACUAGCUUACGGUG